AUGGCAACAAAAUUGUGGAAAGCCUUUUCUCGGAAAAGAGUAGAUGAUGAUAUGGAAGGAAAAGGAGAAUUAGCACGAGUGUUAGGUCUCUUUGAUUUGACAGCAUUAGGAGUCGGCGCGACAUUGGGGUUAGGAGUCUACGUUCUAGCAGGGAGUGUAGCGAAGGACACUGCGGGACCAGCUGUCUGUAUUUCAUUUCUUAUUGCUGCAGUUGCAUCAGCCCUUGCAGGUUUAUGUUAUGCUGAGUUUGCUUCCCGAGUACCUAAAGCAGGAUCGGCUUAUGUCUACAGCUAUGUUACAGUUGGAGAGUUUAUUGCUUUUGUUAUUGGCUGGAAUUUAAUUCUUGAAUAUGUGAUUGGUACAGCAAGUGUUGCUCGAGGUUUAAGUAACUACGUCGAUUCUCUAAUCGACAAUAAAAUGCGGAAUUAUUUUCAUUCAAUUAUGCCAAUAGAAGUGUCAUUUCUUUCGGACUAUCCGGAUUUCUUCGCCUUUGGAGUGGUUAUGUUGCUAGUUGUUCUUCUAUGUGUUGGAGUUCAAGAAUCUUCGUACCUCAAUAUGGGAUUUACAGUUAUUAACUUAACAACUAUUUUAAUUGUCAUAGUUGCUGGAUCUAUUAAAGCUGAUCCAGCAAAUUGGAGCAUUGACCCGUCAACAAUUCCUCCAGAAGUCAAGAAUCCUGGAACAGGUGGAUUCAUGCCUUUUGGAAUAAGUGGAGUAAUGAUUGGAGCAGCCAAGUGUUUUUACGGAUUUGUUGGUUUUGAUGCUGUUGCUGCAACAGGCGAAGAAGCCAAAAAUCCACAAAAAACAAUUCCACUUGCAAUAGUGAUCUCUCUUGCUGUUAUUUUUGCAGCGUAUUUCUCCAUUUCUACUGUUCUUACGAUGAUGUGGCCCUACUACUUACAAGAUCCAGAAGCUCCAUUUCCUUACGCAUUCCAACAAAUUGGUUGGCCAGCAAUUAUGUGGAUUGUCAACGUCGGUGCUGUUUUUGCUCUUUGCACUAGUCUUCUUGGAGCAAUGUUUCCACUUCCGAGAAUUCUUUACGCGAUGGCAAGCGAUGGAGUAAUUUUUAAAUUUCUUGCUAAAGUACAUCGGAAAACUCACACACCAAUAUUAGGAACUCUAGCAUCUGGCUUAUUAAUCGGUUUGAUGACUCUUAUGUUCAAUCUUGAACAACUAAUCGACAUGAUGUCAAUUGGUACUCUUUUAGCGUACACAAUUGUCGCUAUUUCCGUCCUUAUUCUCAGGUACCAAAAGACAACUCAAACCGUAAAAUUACCUUCAAAUACAAUUUUAGAAAACAAUUUACCAUACUUAGAUUGUUUUAAAUUAAUUUUCAAUAUUCACAACCAAAAAGUUGCCACUAAAUUUUCAAGCAGAGUUGCAGGCUGGGCGGUUCUUCUUUUCUCAUGUGCAGUAUUUAUUUUUUGUCUCAUCCUUGCUCACACCACCUUCAACAGUGAUCCGUUGGACAUAUUUAUUUACAUAAUUUUAACUAUAAUUGGUCUAGUAAUAAUCUUCACAGUAAUAGCUAUAAGCAGACAACCAGUAGAUCCUGUUUCAAUAGCCUUCAAAGUUCCCUUUGUACCGAUCGUACCAUGUUGCAGUAUAAUUAUUAAUCUAUGUCUUAUGCUGCAAUUAGAUGUUUUCACUUGGAUACGAUUCGUCGUGUGGAUGAUUAUAGGAUUUUGUAUUUAUUUCUUCUACGGUAUUCGACAUAGCUUACAAGGUCAACGGGAUAGAUUGUUAACUAAUCCACCUCCUCAUGCAUAUACCAAUCCUGUAAAAUUAAUGUUAUUUAAUGAACUAUGCAAAGCAUUGACAAGAAAAAGAGUCGAUGAAAACAAUGAUAAAAACGGACAACUUGCAAGGGUGUUGGGGUUGUUCAAUUUAGUUACAUUAGGUGUUGGCUCGACUUUGGGAGUCGGUGUUUAUGUUCUUACUGGAUAUUUAGCUAAAGAAGUAGCAGGACCCGCAGUUUGUUUGUCAUUUUUAAUUGCUGCUCUUGCAUCAUCUCUUGCAGGAUUAUGUUAUGCAGAAUUUGCUGCCAGAGUUCCAAAAGCAGGAUCUGCAUAUGUUUACAGCUAUGUCACAGUCGGCGAGAUUAUUGCUUUUAUUAUCGGAUGGACGUUGGUUCUCGAAUACGUCAUCAUUGCAGCCAGCGUAGCUCGUAGUUUGAGUAUUUACAUUGACUCCUUUAUUGACGAUGCGAUGAAGAAAUUCUUUCAGUCAAUAAUGCCGAUAAAAAUAUCUUUCCUCUCAGACUAUCCGGAUUUUUUUGCCUUCAGCUUGAUUGUCUUCAUUUCAAUUAUACAAUGCACAGGCGUAAAAAAAUCAUCUUAUUUCAAUACUAUUGCAACAGUUACCAAUUUGUUGACUAUUUGCGUUGUAAUUGUUUCAGGUUGCACUAAAGUUGAUGUUAAUAAUUGGUACCUUGAGCCAAAAGACAUUCCUGCUAAUGCUACAAAACCAGGAGCAGGCGGAUUCAUGCCUUUUGGAAUGAGCGGCGUAAUGGCCGCUACAGCAAAAUGUUUUUUUGCAUUUGUUGGAUUCGAUGCUAUUGCGACGACCGGAGAAGAAGCCAAAAAUCCCCAAAGAAAUAUUCCUUUUGCAAUUAUUACUUCUCUUUUAAUUUGCUGUUUAGCUUACUUUUCAAAUCCAGAAACUCCGUUCCCAUAUGUAUUCAAACAAUUAAACUGGCCUGUAAUUUUAUGGAUAGUAAAUAUUGGUGCUAUAUUCGCAUUUUGUACCUGUUUGUUUGGUGGAUUAUUUUCUUUACCAAGAAUUUUAUACGCAAUGGGAAGCGAUGGAAUUAUCUUCAAGUUUUUGAGUAAUGUCAAUAAAAAAACUAAAACUCCAGCAACAAGCAUUUUGUCCUCUGGAUUAUUUUCAGGUUUUAUUUCCCUGAUAUUUAAUUUAAGCCAGCUUAUGGAUAUGUUGUCGGUUGGCACACUCUUAGCUUAUACCAUGGUUUCAAUCUGUGUAAUUAUCUUGCGGUAUCAAAAAACUGUAAACACUGAAGAAUUUAGUAUCAAUGUCAGUCAAGAUGAUUUUAAUUUUUAUAAAAAAAUAUUCAAUAUUAACAACAAGAAAGUCGCUACUGAAGAUACCACAAUUCUGGUAUUUAUUUUUGGGGUGACUAGCUAUCAUGUAGAGCUUCACAACGAUGCCAAAAAUUUAUUAGGCUUUAUUUUCUUAACUAUCAUUGUUGUCAUGAUUGUUCUCAUUGUGACUGCCAUCGGAAGACAACCUGUUAAUUCAGCGAGACUCAGCUUUAAGAUGUCAACGAAAUUGUGGAAAGCACUGACCAGGAAGAGAAUCGACAGGGAUUUAGAGGGCAAAGGUAAAUUAGCAAGAGUCCUGGGCUUGUUUGAUCUCACAGCACUAGGAGUCGGCGCUACUUUAGGCUUAGGACUAUGUAACAAUCGGCGAAUUUGUUGCUUUUGUAAUCGGGUGGAAUCUCAUCCUCGAGUAUCAACCGCAAGUGUAGCUCGAGGGCUGAGCAAUUACGUUGAUUCCUUGAUUGACAAUCAAAUGAAGAUUUAUUUUCAAUCAGUCAUGCCAAUAAAUGUAUCAUUUCUCUCAAAAUAUCCAGACUUUUUUGCCUUUUCCGUCGUCAUGCUUCUCUCUGUGCUUCUAUGUAUAGGCGCACAGGAAUCUUCGUAUCUUAAUAUGGGAUUUACGGCUGUAAAUUUGACUACAGUUUUAGUUGUCAUUGUUGCGGGUUCGAUAAAAGCUAAUCCAGCAAAUUGGAAUAUCGACCCAUCAACAAUUCCUCCCGAAUUUAAAAAUGCUGGAACAGGUGGAUUUAUGCCUUUUGGAAUAAGUGGAGUAAUGAUUGGAGCAGCCAAGUGUUUUUAUGGAUUUGUUGGUUUUGACGCUGUUGCUGCAACAGGCGAAGAAGCCAAAAAUCCACAAAAAACAAUUCCACUUGCAAUAGUGAUCUCUCUUGCUGUUAUUUUUGCAGCGUAUUUCUCCAUUUCUACUGUUCUUACGAUGAUGUGGCCCUACUACUUACAAGAUUCAGAAGCACCCCUUCCUUACGCAUUCCAACAAAUUGGUUGGUCAUCAAUAAAAUGGAUCGUGAAUCUCGGAGCUGUUUCAGCUCUCUGCACCAAUCUUCUAGGCUCGAUGUUUCCACUUCCAAGAAUUCUUUACGCCAUGGCAAGUGACGGUGUGAUGUUUAAAUUUCUUUCGAAAAUUCACGACAAAACUCGCACUCCAAUUUGUGGAACUUUAGUUUCUGGAGUUUUCAUAGGUCUCAUGACUCUUAUGUUCGACUUGGAACAAUUAAUCGACAUGAUGUCGAUUGGUACUCUUUUAGCGUACACCAUAGUCGCUAUCUCCGUCCUUGUUCUCAGGUAUCAAAAAACAACACAAGGUGUCAAGAUAUCUAUAAAUUCGAUAUCUGAACAACGUUCAACACCUCUUGAGUAUUUUAAACAAAUUUUUAACGUUGACAAUCAAACAGUUACCAGCGAUUUUUCUAGUGAGAUUGCCAGCUGGGGAAUUGUUGUUUUUGCCUCAGCAGCAUUUAUGUUUAGUUUAAUUCUUAAUUCAGUACACUUUGAUGAUAGUGCAAUUAAUAUUUUCCUCUACGUUGUUUUAAUUAUUAUAAGUAUAAUUAUUGUUGUUACUGUGUUUGCUAUUAGUAGACAACCUAUUGAUCCAAUAAAACUCGCUUUUAAGGUACCACUGGUUCCAUUUGCACCCUGUCUCAGUAUAUUCAUAAAUUUAUUUUUAAUGCUUCAAUUAGACGUUUUUACAUGGAUAAGGUUUGCUGUAUGGAUGGUUAUUGGUUUUUGUAUCUAUUUUUUCUAUGGAAUUAAACAUAGUUUACAAGGUCAAAAAAAUAUCGCACGACUUCUCGACACUCCAUUGCAAUAA